AAUCCUGGAGCCGUCGCUGGGAUGAUUGAGAUCCCAUCUCUCCAAAGGGUGCGAUCGCCGGGGCCUCGGUAUCUUUCCAGAUUUUUAACGUCGAGAAAUGGCACACAGGUUGCUUGGCAGUGUGUAAUGGCGGGUCGUACAGGGGCCAGCUGAACAUAUAAUGGUAUCGUGCGAUCAUGUAUCCACUGCUGCGACCCAAGCUCCUUGUUCGUCCUUCUCUGGCAUACUUGCUGACACCGCAAAGAUGGCGAACAAUCUGCAGACUGCUGCCUACCACAACGACUACAAUGUCGGCAACGAAAAGGAGAUCGUGACUCACAAGGAGGAUAUCAACAGCUCAACUCAUGAUGACUAUGAGUGCGAGUUCACCCCGACGGAGCAGAAAAAGAUCAUCCACCGUAUCGAUCGUCGUCUCGUUGUAACGGUGGGAGUGCUUUACUGCAUUUCGCUGAUGGAUCGUACAAAUUUGUCGGCUGCUGCCGUUGCUGGUAUGAAUGUCGAGUUGCACCUCGAUGUCCUGAUGGGUACUGUCUCGCGUUAUUCAGUCGUAACCCUCGUCUUCUUCACCACAUACGUCGUCUUCCAGCCACCUUCGACUGUCAUCAUUCGUUACCUCGGGCCUCGUGUGCACCUGUCGACCAUUGUGACCCUUUGGGGGGCAGUUAUGAUCGGAAUGGGUUUUGCAAAGGACUGGCAAUCCCUGGCCGCGCUGAGAGUCGUGCUUGGUAUCUUAGAGGCUGGUUUCUUCCCAUCCUGCGUUUACCUGAUGUCCACCUGGUACACCCGUUACGACAUCGGAAAACGAUACAGUGUCUUCUACAUCCUUGGAAGUUUGGCAUCGGCCUGUGCUGGUAUUCUUGCGUAUGGCCUGAUGCAAUUGAAAGGAAGGGAGGGCUUAACAGGCUGGCGCUGGAUCUUCAUCAUUGAAGGUGCUCUGACUUGCUUCCUCGGUAUUGGCGCAUACUGGAUAUUGGUCGAUUUCCCGGACAAAGCGCACACAUCUUGGAAGUUCUUGACUGAGCGUGAAGCCAAAUUCAUCAUCAAUCGUGUCGACAAGGACCGUGGUGAUGCUAAACCAGAGCCGUGGAACAUGAAGAAGUUCUUUAAGGGAGGUGCAGACUUCAAGGUCUGGUGCUACGCUUUGAUCUUCUUCAACACCACAACAGUCUCAUAUGCGCUAGCAUACUUCCUUCCUAUCAUUCUGCAACGCAACAUGGGCUUCAGCGUCGGUGCUGCGCAGUGUCUUGUCGCGCCACCCUACGCAUUUGCUGCCAUCAUCAUGUACGGAUGCGGAUGGGUCGGUGACAAGAAGAAGAUCCGUGGCCCAAUCAUCAUCUUUAACAUGAUCCUCUGCCUGGUCGGUCUGCCCAUCAUGGGCUUCGCCAAGAGCCCAGCGGUCAGGUACUUCGGCGUCUUCUUGACCACUGCUGGUGCCAACAGCAACGUCCCAGCAACGAUGUCGUACCAGGCAAACAACAUUCGUGGACAGUGGAAGCGCGCCUUCUGCUCGGCAACGCUUGUUGGUAUGGGUGGUGUUGGUGGUAUUGCCGGAGGCUUGGUCUUCAGGGCUCAAGACGCGCCUCACUACCGCCCCGGUAUCUACGCCUGCAUCGCUACCAGCUUGUUCUCUCUGCUGCUUGUUGGUAUCGUAACCCUGAUCUCCAUCAGGCAAAACAAGCGUGCGGACCGCGGCGAAGUCGAGCUCGAGUACAGCGAGGGUGACCAGAAGGGCUUCAGGUACACCCUCUAGACACUUUGGUCCCUGUGCCAACCUGGAUCUUGGAGCAAAAUAUCACGCUGUGCGCGACAUCUGUGAACGAUUCUCAUGAAUGUAUACCCUAGCAGCGCCUUGAAUAACAGACGUUCUCACCGCAACGUAUUCGUUUUGUGUCGUUCGUGAUUUGUCGUCGUUCCUGAUAGUAUAC